GCAAACAUAAACUUAAUAUUAAUAAAUUCAACAGUUUCUAAUUGCUAUGGAGUUUAUUACAAGAUUGUAAUAAUAAUUGUCUAUAAGCAUAUAAAUAAUAAAAUUACAAUGACUUCCCCUAAACUUCUGUACACUAUAGAGCCCCAUGGAUUGGGCGAGCUAUACUUUAUGUGGCAGAAGGGAGAAUCCCAUUCUCUAUUAGCAACUACUGGCACAGAUGCUACAGUAGCCAUACAUGAUCGCUCUGGACAAACCACAGAACGAAUCAAGUUACCUGGAUUGUGCGCUGGAAUGGACUGGGAUAAUGAUGGUGAUUAUCUCGCUAUUAUUACUCCUAACUCCAACGCUGUGAUUCUCUGGGAGUGCCACACGAACAAGCGUCACAAUAUAGAGACAGGUCUCCGUGAACCUCCAUCCUGCUUGGCCUGGUCCUAUGGUGAACCGCUUCUUGCGAUUGGGACUCAGAAAGGCAAUCUGGCACUUUACAAUCAUCAUACUACAAAGAGAAUUCCAAUCAUUGGGAAACACACAAAGAAAAUCACAUGUGCUGCGUGGAAUAGAGACAGUAUUCUGGUGCUAGCGUCUGACGACAAGAGCUUGUCUAUAAACAAUUCCGAUGGGGAUACCCUGAGGGUGAUAUCUCUACGCGAUAUUCCCAACGAUCUACAGUUCUCUGAAAUGAAAACUGAUGAGAGAGUUGCCGGUGAAAACACUAUAAGCCUUGUCGUCGGUAAGAGAACUCUGUAUCUCUACAAUCUACUGAACCCAGAGAAUCCAAUAGAAUUAGCUUUUCAACAGCGAUACGGCUCUAUCGUUUCGUACAAGUGGUACGGAGACGGCUAUAUACUUAUCGGGUUCAGUGCGGGCUAUGUCAUAGCUAUAUCAACUCAUAUCAAGGAGGUCGGCGAGGAACUGUUCCAAGUGAAGAAUCAUAAGGACAACUUGACCGAUAUAGCUGUGUUCAACGGGCAAGCGGCUUCGUGUGGGGACGGACAAGUGAAGCUGAUAUCUCUGUGGGAGGGCGGGGCGGUGACGGGGGGGUGUGCGGGCGAGCGCGCGGCGGGGAGCGGCGACGGGCGGCGGCUGGCGGCGGCGGCGCGCGGCGUGCUGCGCGUGCUCGUGACGUCACUGCCCCCGCUGCACGCCGCGUGCGCCGCGCGCGCGCUCACACUCACCAGCCUGGCCGAGGCCACGCUGUACCGCUGCGUGCCCGCUGACGAUACGCCAGGUGAGCCAGUGGCAGUAGCGACGUUCGCGUUGCCCGUGGAGCCGACUACGCUGGCGCUGGGCGCGGCGCACGCGGGCUGCGCGAGCGGCCAGCACGCCUGGUUCUACCCGCUGGGUGGCGGUCCGCCUGUGCGCCGCCAGUAUCCCGGCACGGUAGAAGAUUUGCGAAUAUCGGGGCAAUACGCGGCGGUGCGGUAUCAAGGACGAGCCAUGUUGCACUCUAUAGAAACCCCAGACCCGUCCAAGCCGGAGCGGGAGGCCAUGAUGUUUCCCGAGCCGCACAUGCAGAGCGCACAGAUCAUAGACAUACAUCUCACUAGCGACUUCUUCAUAUACGUUACCGACCAAGGCGACAUCGAGUACUGGGAGUUGGAGGCGUGGGGCGUGUGCGUGCGGUACAAGCACGCGGGCGUGCGCGCGCUGCACUGCGACAUCAGCGGCGCGCGCGCGCUGCUGGUGAGUGAGCGCGCACACGUGUACUGCCCCGCCACCGCCGACCUGUGCGCCGUGCCGGAGAAGAACAGUAUCAAGGCGGUGGUGUGGGACGUGUGUCUAUCGGAGCGCAACGUGUUCGCGGUGUACGCCGGCGACGUGAUCAGUACGUACUACUACGCGGCGCACACGACGAGUGGGCCGCACGUCGACCGCGUGGCGAUCACGUCGGUGUUGCCGGGUCACGUGCCGCUCAUCCUGCUCUCCGGCGACGUGUACUGCUACGGGGACGGCGGGAGCGUUGUGCGGACGACGCUGGACUCGCACACCACCGCCGGUUUAGCGGACGCGGACGCCGAGCGGCGGCUGGCCAAUCAGCGCGCGCACGUCGACAAGCUCCUCCUACUGCGGCGGUUCACGGAGGCGUGGCUAUACUGCGACGCGGUGGAUGAGGCGGAUCUAUGGAGGAAGCUCGGAGCGGCCGCCGUCGCGGACUUGAAUGUGGAGUUCGCUAUUCGGGUAUACACUCGGUUGAGCGACGUAGCGAUGGUGUGGGCGCUAGAAGACGCGGCGCAUAUUGAGGAGUUACCUGUUCUGUGCGCUACGCUCUGCGCGUGCCUGGGCUCGGGCGAGGCGAGCGCGCGGUGGCUGGAGGGGGCGGGGUCUGGUGCGGGCGCGGCGCUGCGCGUGCAGCUGGCGGCGGCGCGCGGCGACUGGGGGGCAGCGGCCGAGCUCGCUGCGCGACACGCCCCCCGCGCCGCGCCCGCGCUCGCGCUACAGCACGCCGCCACGCUGCAGCUCACAGCGGACUACCACGAGGCGCUCGCCAAGUACGAGCAGUCCGUCAUCACCUCCAACACGGACGACGUGAAGGUCAGGGAGCACAACGCCAAAUGCGAGGCGGGCAUCGCGCGCAUGGCCGUCCGCUGUGGCGACGUUGCGAGGGGCGUCACGCUGGCCAUGAAGCACGCCCACGACGUCGCCCUCCUCAAGGAGAUCGCCCAGCUUCUGGAGGAGGAGAAGCAGCUGGCCCACGCCGCCGCCCUAUACGAUCACGCCGGCAACACAGAAAAAGCGGCGUCCCUAUACAUCAAACUCAAGUCCUGGCUGAAAGUCGAGGCGCUGAUCCCCAAAAUCACAUCCCCCAGCAUCCACAUGCAGUACGCGCGAGCGAAGGAGGCGGAGGGGCGGUACGCGGAGGCGCUGAAAUCCUACCUCAAGGCCCACGACUACGAAUCGGCGAUCCGACUCAACCUGGACAAGCUGGACGACAUCGACGAGGCCGUCGACCUAGUCCAGGAGUCCAAGUCGGUGGCGGGAGCCAAGAUGGUGGCCGACUACUUCCAGAACAGCGACGAUCCCACCUCGGCGAUCAAGUUCCUGGUGAUGUCCCUGUGCUACGACGAGGCCUUCACCCUCGCCCGGAAGAACGGCAAGCUGCAGGUGUAUGGCGAGAUCCUGAUCCAGACGUCGCAGGCGCGACCCGAGGACUUCCGCAGCCUAGCGCUCCACUUCGAGGGCGAGCGGAGCCCGCUGCUGGCCGGCAAGUUCUACUUCCACGCGGGGGAGUACGCCCGAAGCGUGGGGCACCUGCUCAAGGCGGCGGCUGAGGACGAGGACGAGGCGAUCGGUAUCGCCAUCGACGCCGCCGCCGCCAGCGAGGACGACAGACUCACGAGAAAGGUGAUAUCGUUCCUGCUGGGCGAGACGGACGGCACGCCGCGCGACCCGCGCCACCUGUUCACGCUCUACAUGGCCAAGAAACAGUUCAUGGAGGCCGCCAAGACCGCUGUGAUAAUCGCGACCGCGGAAUGCGGGGCGGGGCGGUACCGCGAGGCGCGGGACCUCGCCCGCACGCUGACGGGCGCGCUGCGGGCGCGCGGACAGCCGCCGCCGCGCGACCUCGUGCGCGCCACCGCGCUGCUACACUCCUACAUACUGGUCCGUACGCACGUGCGUCGCGGCCGCCACGACAUCGCCGCACGGCUGCUGCUGCGGCUCGCUGCGGAGGUCGAGUUCUUUCCCAGCGAACAGCAUCGCGUGUCGAUCCUGACGUCGGCGGUGAUCGAGUGCGGGCGCGCGGGGCUGAAGCACGCGGCGCACCAGUGGGCGCGCGAACUGAUGCGACCGCCGUACCGCGACUUGAUCGAUCCGAAGUACGCCAAGAAGAUCGAGUCUGUGGUGCGUCACGGGGUGCGCGGCCCGCCACCCGCGGAUGUCGCGGCGUGCGCGCGGUGCGACGCGCCCGUGCCCGUCGCCGCGCUCACGUGUGCGCGCUGCGAGACCGACCUGCCCUUCUGCCUGGCCACGGGCAUGCACAUAGUGAAGGACGACCUGACAGCGUGCCCGGAGUGCGAUUUCCCCGCCAUCAUGACCGAGUUUGUCGAGUUACUUCGCGAGGAGGGCAAGUGUCCGCUGUGUAACGAGACUGUGGACUACCGCCGACUGGUCAAGAUCGACGACGUCACGCUCUAUCUAGACCCCAAACCCACCGAAUAGGUUGUACCCAUCAUGGAUACAAUUCACAAUACCCAUUUAUCCAUGGGUAACAAAAUAUGUAAUCAUUGUGAUACUAUCCGUCCAUUUUUAAGAUAAGUAUUAAAAUGAUGUAUUUGAUUUUUAUCUUGACGUACCUGAGGUUUAGGAGAGAAUAAUUGUGAAAAUAAAACACGAAAUAGUGAU